CUACAUACCUAGGUGUGUUUCCUACAAAAUUUGUAAUCCACGGAGGGUAAGAAAGAAUUUAAACAAUGGCGUCCCUUAAGCUCUCCCUCCUCUUCUCCCUCACUCUCCUUCUCAUCAUCUCCCCACACGUCUCCAACUCUCUCCCCUUCUCUUCCUACCAGACCCUCUUCUCCCUCGCCCAUUCCCUCACCUCCCGCGUCGCCAACCUCCGCGCCUCCCGCGGCGACCUCGCCGGCGCCGCCCGGGCCCGCUCCUUCGCCCAGAAGAUCCGACCCGGAACAAGCCUCGGGUUCUGGCGCUUCAUGCUGUCUGCUGGGUGGGAUUAUGUGAGGAACUACUCGUGGAGGGAUCUGGGGUCGGUGUCUGAUGCAUGGGGAAUCGUGUCGGAUUUGAAUGAGUUGAUGAGAGUUGUGAAUGAUUUGACGAGGUUUGACUCUAAUGCUGACAGAGCUGCGUGGGUUCAGGGAAAUUACAAGAAUGUCCUUAGGAUCACCAAGUCUUUGUUCAGGAGGCUUACUAAAGUUUUCUAUCAAAAGGGUCCAUUAAGGGAGUUGGUGCAGAUGCUACAAAAAGAAGUCGUGGAGGGUGAAUUGCUAAGAGACUGUCUAGAACUGGGGAGUGGUGACUUGAAGGCUUUGAUUCAAAUUGUUAAAGACAUCGUGUUACAGUACUCUCCUACGUCUCAAAAUAAUGAGUUAUGAGCAGGUUUCUAAAACUUCUGUCAUCCCUCAUUGGAUGGUUGAUAUGAAAAUGCCACUUUGUGUUGUACAGUUAUGCUGGUGUUGACAGAUCAAAUCGUUAGUUAAUUUACCGUUACUUGAUUCCAUCUACUCAUUAUUAGUUGGGUUAAUUUUGAAGAUCAAUUGGGUUCAAUGUC